AUGAGCGCUUCUUCAAGAGUCGUCCGCAAUGCGGCACACUCAACUUUCAUGACUGGUGCUCGUGCCUACCCUCGAGCCGGUCCCUCCUCAGCAUAUACCGCAUUCCUUCGUCGCAAUGGGCGAAACCUACCAGCGCAGAUGCCAGCGUUGGCUAUUUUAAUCCCUCGCCGUGGGGUCUCCACCGAUACACACACUUCCGGUAAUUCUUCACAAGGACCGCCACCAGGAUUCAAUGCUCAGAAAGCUUCGACCCCGCAGAAAGACCUAGUGAUUACCCCUAAUGCGCCAAACAAGGCGGCAGCGAAGUCGGCUGAGGAGCACGAAGUCGAACCUGUUCCGUCAGAUGUACCAACUGCAGUGCCUAAAACAGAUGCGACAGAGGCAGUGACGUUGAGCGAGUUGGCAGGUGUCAAAGCCAAAUCAGACGACAAGAAGGAAGUGAAAAAGGAGGAAAAGAAGUUGACCUUGGGUCAAAAAAUAAAGAAAGAGGCUCAGCACUACUGGGACGGAACGAAGUUGCUGGCAACAGAAGUCAAGAUCAGUACUCGUCUAGCCCUGAAAAUGGCCGCUGGUUACGAACUCAGUCGAAGAGAACAUCGACAAUUACAACGUACCGUUCAGGAUAUUGGCCGCUUAGUUCCUUUCUCCGUUUUUGUCCUCGUUCCAUUCGCCGAGCUGUUGCUCCCUGUUGCCUUGAAGCUAUUCCCAAAUCUUCUUCCCAGCACUUACGAAGGGCAAAAGUCCAAGGAUAAGAAAGCGGGAGACCUCAGAGCAACAAGAAAAGACGUCAGCAGCUUUCUUAGAAACACCCUGAAAGAGACAGGAUUGCCAUUAACGGCAGCAACAGCACAAAAGGAGGAGUUUACCCAAUUCUUCAAGAAACUCCGGUCCACCGGAGAAUCCCCUUCAGCAGACGAUGUUAUCAAGGUUUGCAAAAUUUUCAAGGAUGAUCUUACACUUGACAAUCUGUCACGACCACAACUUGUUGGGAUGUGCAGGUAUAUGAACUUGAACACAUUCGGCACGGAUAUGAUGCUCCGGUACCAGGUUCGCCACCGUAUGAGACAAAUCAAGAGAGAUGAUCGUGCUAUCAGCUACGAAGGAGUGGAGAGUCUUUCUGUGCCAGAACUCCAAGUUGCUGCUCAAAGUCGUGGAAUCCGAACACAUGGUGUAUCACCCGGAAGACUACGAGAUGAUCUCCAGUCAUGGUUAGAUCUCAGAUUAAAAUAUGGUGUCCCAUCCACACUCCUGGUUUUAAGUAAUGCUUUCAUGUACGCUCAAGGAAAGGAUACCGAGUUCAACACACAAAUCGAGGCGCUCACAGGUGUAUUGUCCUCGAUUCCUGAGGAGCUGUUCCACGAAAUGGAACUCGAGGUUCAUACCGCGGAGGGCGCAGCAACGAACAAGCAACGUCUCGAAGUGCUCCGUGAGCAACAAGAACUUAUCGAGGAGGAGAAUGAGCAAGACGAGGAAAACAAAGAGUCAGGGCGUGCUACCCCACGUGAUGACCAAGAUAUUGAUGAAAAGGAGGAACGCAGGAUGGAAGCCGCUUCGCAAGAGGCCUCCAAAACGCAGGCAUCCGAGGCCGCCGAUGCGGAAAAUGAGACCGCAGAGGCAACGAAAAUGGAACCACCAUCCGGAGAGAAGCGGUCGUGA